UUCACAAACCCGAACCCUAAACCUCAACAUGGGUCUUCUACACAAGCAAAACCUCACCUUUGUGAUACUCCUCCUCCUCGGUCUCCUCGUCGUCUCUUAUGCUUGUGACUGUAGUGACCCUCCUAAACCUUCUCCACACCCCAUUAAACCGCCUAAACAUCCCGUUAAACCGCCUAAGACCCCCACUGCCAAACCACCUACUCACACCCCAAAACCACCCACCGUUAAACCACCUCCUCAUACCCCAAAACCGCCCACCGUGAAGCCUCCACCUUCAUGCCCUCCACCUCCUCCCACUGUGAGGCCUCCACCACCCCCUACACCGUUUACUCCACCUCCUCCCACUGUGAAGCCUCCACCACCACCCACCGUGAUGCCACCACCACCUCCAGGUCCAACACCAGAGACGCCAUGCCCUCCACCACCCCCUCCACCAACCCCAUGUCCACCUCCACCUCCACAUCACGUACCAACACCUAAACCAGAGACUUGUCCAAUCGACGCACUGAAACUAGGCGCGUGUGUGGACGUGCUAGGUGGCUUGAUUCACAUCGGACUAGGGAAAACUUACGCUAAGGCAAAGUGUUGCCCACUUCUUGGCGACUUGGUUGGUCUUGACGCAGCGGUUUGUCUCUGCACCACCAUUAGAGCGAAACUUCUCAACAUUGACCUCAUUGUUCCCAUCGCUCUUGAGCUUCUUGUCGACUGUGGUAAGACUCCACCACGUGGCUUCAAGUGUCCAGCUCCCGUAAACAGGGCUCCUGCCUUGGGUUGAUCUCUUUUGUGUUAAAAAAUUUGAUACGAUAAAAAUUAUCAAGAUCUAGAUUCUUCUCUUUAUGUUUUGCGAUAGCGAAAAGAGCAAUUUAAAGGAUCUAAAUAUCGUUAUACAUUUCUCUAAAAAAUUUUAUGUAAUUGUAAGGUGAUUAUGUACGUUGAAAUAAUGUUAUACGAAACUCGAUUUUUAAAAGGACAAAUUCACUACGGCAGUGGUCAUUAA